CCGCCCCCUUCCGGGCGCCAUUGAGAGCGUGGCGGUAGCUCGGCGCCUGCCGUCCAGCCCUGCCCGGACCGAUGCCCUCUAGUGGCUCAGUGUCUAGAAGCCGCCAAAGAGGACGACCCAUGGCAUCCCGGAGCUUUGACGGGUCCCGCCGCGGGAGUCUCCGGCGGGCGGGCGCACGCGAGCCUCGGAGCGAGGUGGCCGAGGCGGCCGCCCAGGCUUCUGGGUCCUCUUGGUCUUCGCCUUUCUUCUCGGUGUGGGCUCCGCCGGCUGCUGGCCCUGCGGCCUCCGGCCCGAUUGACAUGGCGGCGGUGUUGCAGCAAGUCCUGGAGCGCACGGAGCUGAACAAGCUGCCUAAGUCCGUCCAGAACAAACUUGAAAAGUUCCUUGCUGACCAGCAAUCCGAGAUCGAUGGCCUGAAGGGGCGGCAUGAGAAAUUUAAGGUGGAGAGUGAACAACAGUAUUUUGAGAUAGAGAAGAGGCUGUCCCACAGUCAGGAGAGACUUGUGAAUGAAACCCGAGAGUGCCAAAGUUUGAGGCUUGACCUAGAGAAGCUCAACAAUCAACUGAAGGCGCUAACUGAGAAAAAUAAAGAACUUGAAGUUGCUCAGGAUCGCAGUGUUGCCAUUCAGAGCCAGUUUACAAGGACGAAAGAAGAAUUAGAAGCUGAGAAAAGAGACUUAGUUAGAACCAAUGAGAGACUAUCUCAAGAACUUGAAUAUUUAACAGAGGAUUUUAAACGUCAAAAUGAAAAACUUAAAGAAAGCAAUGCCACAAAGGGUGAUCUGCAGUUAAAACUGGAUGAACUUCAAGCUUCUGAUGUUUCUGUUAAAUAUCGAGAAAAACGCUUGGAGCAAGAAAAGGAGUUGUUACAUAAUCAGAAUACAUGGCUGAACACAGAGUUAAAAACUAAAACCGAUGAACUUCUGGCUCUUGGCAGAGAAAAAGGAAAUGAGAUUCUAGAGCUUAAAUGUAAUCUUGAAAACAAAAAAGAGGAGGUUUCUAGAAUGGAAGAACAGAUGAAUGGCUUGAAAACAUCAAAUGAGAAUCUUCAAAAGCAUGUAGAAGAGCUAUUGACCAAACUGAAAGAGGCCAAGGAACAGCAGGCCAGUAUGGAAGAGAAAUUCCACAAUGAAUUAAAUGCUCAUAUAAAGCUCUCUAAUCUAUACAAGAGUGCUGCCGAUGACUCAGAAGCAAAGAGCAAUGAACUGACCCGAGCAGUGGAUGAACUACACAAACUUUUGAAAGAAGCUGGAGAAGCCAAUAAAGCAAUACAGGAUCAUCUUUUAGAAGUGGAGGAAUCUAAAGAUCAAAUGGAAAAAGAAAUGCUUGAGAAAAUAGGGGAAUUGGAGAAGGAAUUACAGAACGCAAAUGACCUGCUUUCUGCCACAAAACGUAAAGGAGCUAUAUUAUCUGAAGAAGAGCUUGCAGCUAUGUCUCCUACUGCAGCAGCUGUAGCUAAGAUAGUGAAGCCCGGCAUGAAAUUAACCGAGCUGUAUAAUGCUUAUGUGGAAACUCAGGAUCAGUUGCUUUUGGAGAAACUAGAGAAUAAAAGAAUUAAUAAGUAUCUAGAUGAAAUAGUGAAAGAAGUUGAAGCCAAAGCACCAAUUUUGAAACGCCAGCGUGAGGAGUAUGAACGUGCACAGAAAGCUGUGGCAAGUUUAUCUGUUAAGCUUGAACAAGCUAUGAAGGAGAUUCAGCGAUUGCAGGAGGACACUGAUAAAGCUAACAAACAUUCAUCUGUGCUUGAAAGAGACAAUCAAAGGAUGGAAAUACAAAUAAAAGAUCUUUCACAACAGAUUAGAGUGCUUUUGAUGGAACUUGAAGAAGCAAGGGGUAAUCAUGUAAUUCGUGAUGAAGAAGUAAGCUCUGCUGAUAUAAGUAGUUCAUCUGAAGUAAUAUCACAGCAUCUAGUAUCUUAUAGAAAUAUUGAAGAACUUCAACAGCAAAAUCAGCGUCUCUUAGUGGCCCUUAGGGAACUUGGGGAAACGAGAGAAAGAGAAGAACAAGAAACAACUUCAUCUAAAAUUGCUGAGCUUCAGCUAAAACUUGAGAAUGCCCUCACUGAAUUAGAACAACUCCGUGAGUCACGACAACAUCAAAUGCAGCUUGUUGAUUCCAUAGUUCGUCAGCGUGACAUGUACCGUAUUUUGUUGUCACAAACAACAGGAGUUGCCAUUCCUUUACAAGCUUCAAGCUUAGAUGAUAUUUCUCUUGCAUCAACUCCAAAACGUUCAAGUACGUCCCAGACUGCUUCCACUCCUGCUCCAGUACCUGUAAUUGAGUCAGCAGAGGCCAUAGAAGCCAAGGCUGCCCUUAAACAGUUGCAGGAAAUUUUUGAGAAUUACAAAAAAGAAAAGGCAGAUAAUGAAAAAAUACAAAAUGAGCAACUUGAGAAACUUCAGGAUCAAAUUACAGAUUUACGAUCACAAAACACCAAAAUUUCUACACAGCUGGACUUUGCUUCUAAACGUUACGAAAUGCUACAAGAUAACGUUGAAGGAUAUCGUCGAGAAAUCACAUCCCUACAUGAGAGAAAUCAGAAACUCACUGCAACAACUCAAAAGCAGGAACAGAUCAUCAAUACAAUGACGCAGGAUUUGAGAGGAGCAAAUGAAAAGCUAGCUGUUGCGGAAGUAAGAGCAGAAAACUUGAAAAAGGAAAAGGAAAUGCUUAAAUUGUCAGAAGUCCGUCUUUCUCAGCAAAGGGAGUCUUUAUUAGCUGAACAAAGAGGGCAAAACUUGCUGCUCACUAAUCUGCAAACAAUUCAGGGAAUAUUAGAGCGAUCUGAAACAGAAACCAAACAAAGGCUUAGUAGCCAGAUAGAAAAACUGGAACAUGAGAUAUCUCAUCUAAAGAAGAAGCUGGAAAAUGAGGUGGAACAAAGGCAUACGCUCACUAGAAAUCUAGAUGUUCAACUUUUAGAUACAAAGAGACAGCUGGAUACUGAGACAAAUCUUCAUCUUAACACAAAAGAACUAUUAAAAAAUGCUCAAAAGGAAAUUGCUACAUUGAAACAGCACCUCAGUAAUAUGGAAGUCCAGCUUGCCUCUCAGUCCUCACAGAGAACUGGUAAAGGUCAGCCCACCAACAAAGAAGAUGUGGAUGAUCUUCUAAGUCAGCUAAGGCAGGCAGAGGAGCAGGCGAAUGAUUUAAAGGAGAGACUCAAAACAAGUACUAGUAAUGUGGAACAGUAUCGAGCAAUGGUUACUAGUUUAGAAGAAUCUCUUAACAAGGAAAAACAGGUGACAGAAGAAGUACGUAAGAAUAUUGAAGUUCGUUUAAAAGAGUCAGCGGAAUUUCAGACACAGUUGGAAAAGAAAUUGAUGGAAGUUGAGAAGGAAAAACAGGAACUUCAGGAUGACAAGAGAAAAGCCAUAGAGAGCAUGGAACAACAGUUAUCUGAGUUAAAGAAAACACUCAACAGCGUUCAGAACGAAGUACAAGAAGCUCUUCAGAGAGCAAGCACAGCUUUGAGUAAUGAGCAGCAAGCCAGACGUGACUGUCAGGAACAGGCUAAAAUAGCUGUGGAAGCUCAGAAUAAGUAUGAGAGAGAACUGAUGCUACAUGCUGCUGAUGUUGAAGCUCUACAAGCUGCCAAGGAACAGGUUUCCAAAAUGGCAUCAGUCCGUCAGCAUUUGGAAGAAACAACCCAGAAAGCAGAAUCACAGUUACUGGAGUGUAAAGCAUCUUGGGAGGAAAGAGAGAGAAUGUUAAAGGAUGAAGUUUCCAAGUGUAUGUCUCGCUGUGAAGAUUUGGAGAAACAAAACAGAUUACUUCAUGAUCAGAUUGAAAAAUUAAGUGACAAGGUUGUCGCCUCUGUGAAGGAAGGUGUACAAGGUCCCUUGAAUGUAUCUCUUAAUGAAGAAGGAAAAUCUCAAGAACAAAUUCUAGAAAUUCUCAGAUUUAUACGACGAGAAAAAGAAAUCGCUGAAACCAGGUUUGAGGUGGCUCAGGUUGAGAGUCUGCGUUAUCGACAAAGAGUUGAGCUUUUAGAAAGAGAACUGCAGGAACUGCAGGAUAGUCUGAAUGCUGAAAGAGAGAAAGUCCAGGUAACUGCAAAAACAAUGGCUCAGCAUGAAGAACUGAUGAAGAAAACUGAAACAAUGAAUGUAGUGAUGGAGACCAAUAAGAUGCUAAGAGAAGAGAAAGAGAGGCUGGAACAGGAUCUACAGCAGAUGCAAGCAAAGGUAAGGAAACUGGAGUUAGAUAUUUUACCCUUACAAGAAGCAAAUGCUGAGCUAAGUGAAAAAAGCGGUAUGUUGCAAGCAGAGAAGAAGUUACUAGAAGAAGAUGUCAAACGUUGGAAAGCACGGAACCAGCAUCUAGUAAGUCAACAGAAAGAUCCAGAUACAGAAGAAUAUCGGAAGCUCCUUUCUGAAAAGGAAGUUCAUACUAAGCGUAUUCAACAGUUGACUGAAGAAAUUGGGAGACUUAAAGCUGAGAUUGCAAGAUCAAAUGCAUCUUUGACCAACAAUCAGAACUUAAUCCAGAGCCUGAAGGAAGACUUAAAUAAAGUAAGAACUGAAAAGGAAACCAUUCAAAAGGACUUAGAUGCCAAAAUAAUUGAUAUCCAAGAAAAGGUCAAAACUAUUACUCAAGUCAAGAAGAUUGGGCGUAGGUACAAGACUCAAUAUGAAGAACUUAAAGCACAACAGGAUAAGGUCAUGGAGACCUCGGCUCAGUCUUCUGGAGACCACCAGGAACAGCAUGUCUCAGUUCAGGAAAUGCAGGAGCUUAAAGAAACCCUCAAUCAAGCUGAAACAAAGGCAAAAUCACUAGAGAGUCAAAUAGAAAAUCUGCAGAAGACAUUAUCCGAAAAAGAGGCAGAAGCAAGAAAUCUGCAGGAGCAAACUGUGCAGCUUCAGUCUGAGCUUUCACGACUUCGUCAGGAUCUUCAAGAUAGAACCACACAAGAGGAGCAGCUCCGACAGCAGAUAACUGAAAAGGAAGAAAAAACAAGAAAGGCCAUAGUAGCAGCAAAGUCAAAGAUUGCACAUUUAGCUGGUGUAAAAGAUCAGCUAACUAAAGAAAAUGAGGAGCUUAAACAAAGGAAUGGAGCCUUAGAUCAGCAGAAAGAUGAAUUGGAUGUUCGAAUGACUGCUCUUAAAUCCCAGUAUGAAGGUCGAAUUAGUCGCUUGGAAAGAGAACUCCGAGAGCAUCAAGAGAGACACCUGGAGCAGAGAGAUGAGCCUCAAGAACCUACUAAUAAGGUCCCAGAACAGCAGAGACAGAUCACAUUGAAAACAACUCCAGCUUCUGGUGAAAGAGGAAUUGCCAGCACAUCAGACCCACCAACAGCCAAUAUCAAACCAACUCCUGUUGUGUCUACUCCAAGUAAAGUGACAGCUGCAGCUAUGGCUGGGAAUAAGUCAACACCCAGAGCUAGUAUCCGCCCAAUGGUCACACCUGCAACUGUUACAAAUCCUACUACUACCCCAACAGCGACAGUGAUGCCCACUACACAAGUAGAGUCACAGGAAGCUAUGCAGUCAGAAGGGCCUGUGGAACAUGUUCCAGUUUUUGGAAGCACAAGUGGUUCUGUCCGCUCUACUAGUCCUAACGUCCAGCCUUCUAUCCCUCAACCCAUUUUAACUGUUCAGCAACAAACACAGGCUACAGCUUUUGUGCAGCCCACCCAACAGAGUCAUCCUCAGAUUGAGCCUGCAAAUCAAGAGCUGUCCCCCAACAUAGUAGAAGUUGUACAGAGUUCACCAGUUGAACGGCCUUCUACUUCCACAGCAGUAUUUGGCACUGUGUCAGCUACCCCAAGUUCUUCUUUGCCUAAACGGACACGUGAAGAGGAAGAGGAUAGCACCAUAGAAGCAUCAGACCAAGUCUCUGAUGAUACAGUGGAAAUGCCUCUUCCAAAGAAGUUGAAAAGUGUUACCCCUGUAGGAACUGAGGAAGAAGUUAUGGCAGAAGAAAGUACUGAUGGAGAGGUAGAAACUCAAGUAUACAACCAAGAUUCUCAAGAUUCCAUAGGAGAAGGAGUUACCCAGGGAGAUUAUACUCCAAUGGAAGACAGUGAAGAAACCUCUCAGUCUCUACAAAUAGACCUUGGACCCCUUCAGUCAGAUCAGCAAACAACAACUUCGUCCCAAGAUGGUCAGGGCAAAGGAGAUGAUGUCAUUGUGAUUGACAGUGAUGAUGAAGAAGAGGAUGAUGAUGAAAAUGAUGGAGAACAUGAGGAUUAUGAGGAAGAUGAGGAAGAUGAUGACGAUGAUGAAGAUGACACAGGGAUGGGAGACGAGGGUGAGGACAGUAACGAAGGCACUGGUAGUGCAGAUGGCAAUGAUGGCUAUGAAGCUGAUGAUGCCGAGGGUGGUGAUGGGACUGAUCCAGGUACAGAAACAGAAGAAAGUAUGGGUGGAGGUGAAAGUAAUCAGAGAGCUGCUGAUUCUCAAAACAGUGGUGAAGGUAAUACAGGUACUGCAGAGUCCUCUUUUUCCCAGGACAUUUCUAGAGAACAGCAGCCAUCAUCAGCAUCUGAAAGACAGACUCCUAGAGCACCUCAGUCUCCAAGACGCCCUCCACACCCUCUUCCCCCACGACUGACCAUUCAUGCUCCACCUCAAGAAUUGGGACCACCAGUACAGAGAAUUCAGAUGACUCGGAGGCAGUCUGUAGGACGGGGACUUCAGUUGACUCCAGGAAUCGGUGGCAUGCAGCAUUUUUUUGAUGAUGAAGACAGAACAGUUCCAAGUACUCCAACUCUUGUGGUGCCACAUCGUACUGAUGGAUUUGCUGAAGCAAUUCAUUCCCCACAGGUUGCUGGUGUUCCUAGAUUCCGGUUUGGGCCACCUGAAGAUAUGCCACAAACAAGUUCAAGUCACUCUGAUCUUGGCCAGCUUGCUUCUCAAGGAGAAUUGUCUUUAGGUUUAGGAAUGUAUGAAACACCCCUCUUCCUAGCUCAUGAAGAAGAGUCAGGUGGCCGAAGUGUUCCCACUACCCCUCUACAGGUAGCAGCCCCAGUGACUGUGUUUACUGAGAGUACCACCUCUGAUGCUUCGGAGCAUGCCUCUCAGUCUGUUCCAAUGGUGACAACAUCCACUGGCACUUUAUCCACAACAAAUGAAACAGCAACAGGUGAUGAUGGAGAUGAAGUAUUUGUGGAGGCAGAAUCUGAAGGUAUUAGUUCAGAAGCAGGCCUAGAAAUUGAUAGCCAGCAGGAAGAAGAACCUGUUCAGGCAUCUGAUGAGUCGGAUCUUCCUUCUACAAGCCAGGAUCCUCCAUCCAGCUCUUCUGUAGAUACUAGCAGUAGUCAACCAAAGCCUUUCAGACGAGUCAGACUUCAGACAACAUUGAGACAAGGUGUCCGUGGUCGUCAGUUUAACAGACAGAGAGUUGACUCUUCCUUUGCCCGUGGGUCUAAGGACAUUUGUACCAGACAUUGGAUAAGCUCCUCCCAAAACGAGUAGUGACGACUCUUGCUGUUCUACUGGGUUCAUCGAUGUUAUAGUAUUGAUCUAAAUAGAAGAGAAAUCAUUUUUUAAUUAAGAAAACAAAACGCUUAAACUUAAAAAUAGUUUGUGUUGAAAAUGUUUAUCAUUUUAAUAUCAGAAAUGUUUGUAUUGAUUAAUUUGAGCUUUCUGACAAAAAUAAAAACAGUUAACCUUGA